UGUGUUCUUUCCAGCACGAGUGCACAAUAAUGAAACGCAGUGGCUAAAGUUCACGGCUGUCAUUGUCAUGUACAUGUACAAUAUUUGUCGUCGAUACGUGUGAAAAACGAUCCGUGAACAACUAAAAUGCUGGGUUAUUUAGAGGUUCACAGCAACAACAGUGCACCACAAAAGGCAAGGUUGAGAAUAUACUGGAGGGGUAUACUCUCUGACCAAUAAACGUUUACGACGGUUCACAACCACCAGUAGCUUCGGUUGUCCAGUGUGUGUGUUUUUUCAGCGGAUCAUGGGGAAACCAAAGCCGGGGAAGGACGGCUUCCCACCCGGCCCAAAGACGCUGCCUCUGCUCGGUAGCAUGGUGGACUUCGGAACCAACGACGCUUUCCUGGCCAAGUGGUCGGAGUUGGGCAGGGAGUACGCGUACGGGAGCGUGUUCAGCAUCAAGACGGAAGGCCGGUGGGUGGUGUUCGUCACCGGUUGGGAGGCAGCUCGAGAGGUGCUGGUCAAGAAGGGGCUGGACUUCUGUGACAAGCCUCGGUACCCGUCUGCCAAUCGCUACAAUCCUGAGUACAAAGGGAUUUUUGACGCUCCAUGUAAUGACCAGUGGAAGUGCCAACGAAGUUUUGCGCACACGACACUGCGCAGCUUUGGCUUUGGCAAAGUAAGCCUGGAGGGCGCCAUCAUACAAGAAGUCAUGGACCUCAUGAAGAAACUACAGGACCAAGGGGACAAGCCUCUGUACCCCCGGGACCUCCUGGGAGCCCACACCGCUAACAUUCUCUUCUCGAUAACCUUCGGCGUCCACUACUCUCACGACGACCCGGAGUUCCAACGGCUGCUGGACUGCUCCCGUACCCUCAUGGUCGACUACGGCAGCUCCCGUUGGUCCACGGGGAAAGACAUGGCCCAAGCGUCCCGAGGUUUAGAGAAAUUUGUCACGGGACAGAUCCAGAGUCACGCGGAAUCCCGCGUGGCCGGCGAGGAAGCGCGCGAUUUCAUCGACGCUUACUUGGCCAAGAUUGACGAGGACCCGGCGGCGUUUACACACGAUGAGCUCGCCUACGUCUUGGUGGAUUUGAUCGGUGCUGGGAUCGAGUCUGUGUCAUUCACUCUACUGUGGACGCUACUGUACAUGAGUCGAUAUCCAGACAUCCAAGACAAAGUGCACGAAGAAAUCCAAACUGUGAUAGGGGAACGUAAUAUCAAAUGGGAGGAUCGGAAUUCGCUGCCUUAUAGUCAGGCUACCUUGAUGGAGAUCCAGAGAGCCGCCAGUCUAUCGUACAUGGUCGUCAGGGCAGCAUACACAGACUCCACCAUCUUUGAUUAUAAGAUCCCCAAGGGAACCGAGGUGUGGGUGAACAUUUGGUCAGUCCACCACGAUCCCAAGGUAUGGAAGGACCCCGAGACAUUUAACCCGGGAAGGUUCUUGAACGAGGAUGGCACGGAACUGGUUCGUCACGAAGGUUUCAUCCCUUUCUCUGCUGGACGUCGGGGAUGCAUGGGCGAAUCCCUUGGCAAGAUGGAACUUUUCAUAUUCUUCACAUCUCUCAUGACACACUUCCGGGUGGAAACGCCCCCUGGUGAGGCCCCGCCCACCUCGGAGGGGGUCCUGGAUUUCACCAGAAAUCCUAAGCCUUUCAAAGUCCGAUUUAUGCCGCGAUAGACAAAGGGAAUAAAGGGGGGGGGGGGCUUUCUGCAAUCAUUGUGAAUGUUUGGGAAGGUCGUUUAAUGAACAACAUAUAACUCCCAUUAAUAAUUAUUCGGUAAGAAAAUUCGUUAGUCAUUAAACUGCCUUAAUUUUGUUAUACAUUGUAAAUAAAUUAUUUUAUGAAUGAGUGACAUGACUUUAUUUUUGUGCUAUAUUUCGAACUUUGUAAGAACAAUAGGUGGCAUAUUUGCAAUUCAAUAUGGAUUUGAACGAUUUGUUCGAUGAAUAAUUUAACUAAUGAAGGCCAACUAUUUACGGUGAAUGGGCGUAGAUAUGUAAGGUAUAUGUGUAUAUGCACAGUGUAUAAUGAUUAUAAGAAAGUAACAUAGGCAAGUAAUGAGCAUUAUUUUGGAAAUAAACUUUAGUUCCACCAUUUCUUCUUUUUUUUUCCAUGGGAUAGGGAUGAAAGCAGUAUACUUGAGCACACAAAAUAAGACACAUACUUUAUGCAAGUCUUCAUCAUUUUUGCAAUUUAUUUAAUUUCAUCAUACCAUUUAAAUAACAAAAUUAAUGGAAAAAUCUCACCCCUGCUAUACCUCGAAUUACAUAGACAUAUAAAAUAGAUACAAAAUCCCCUAAACAAUCCUAUAUAUAACUAGACUGUUUGCAAGUUGUUAUUGCCCUCUUUGCGAAAUUUGAAUAUUUUCACCAAUUGCAUAAUUUUUUUUUAUUUCGAACAGAUGCUUGCAAUUUCUUUUGUUAUUCCGGAUACUGGUAAGAAUGACAAUUUUAUUUUGAAAUAUAUUCUGUUCAUAACCCAGUUUACAUUUGGCACGAACCUGAGUGCGAAGUAUUUUUUGAGACAAAAUGAAAUAAGUGUAGUAAUGUCUCCAUUAUUUGCAAUUUUAUGAGUGGUGUACACAUAUCGAAGGAUAAUGUUUUAAUCUACAUUACAUGUCUCACCAUUAUAUUUGUGUUUCUUAAUAUGAAUGUAUAUAUUUUCAACAUUUUUGUAAAACUAAAAUUCACUUCAAUCACACCGCAAAAUGAGAAUAGAUUCGGUAAUAUCCAAACACCCUUAUUAAUAUCCCAUCAUCCUUAUUAAGUAAUUUGCCUCGUUUAUUAAAUCACAAAAAAA